AUGUCGAAAGUUCCGCAGAUAUACUGCCGUCAACCGAAAUGCGUUGAGCUUAUAGAGGCAGAACCUGUUUUCAAGUCUGUUGCCGGAUUCACCAAGCCAGAGGCUGAGGUGAGAUGCGCUGCUUACUCGCCCGUGGGUAACUACUUUGUUUAUUCACAACCAACUGGGCUCAUUGUGUGCGAUCCAUUUAGUGGAGAGCAGUUGUUCACGAUACAAAAUCCUGACGUGUUUCAUUUUGGCAUCUCUCCCAAGGGUACUUUUCUUACUUCUUGGUCUAGACCCACCAAGAUGGAGGAUGAAACUGGAAAUUGGAACGACAACGUUCAGAUCUAUAGAUUAGAUAUCACUGGACGUAAGUAUGAGGCAAUCCAAAGUUAUCUUAACAAGAUGCAAUCUGGCUGGAAGCCACAAUUUACGGCGGACGAGUCGAUUUUCUGCAGACUGGUUAACCCCAGUCAGAUCAGCUUCUACGAGACCGACUCGGAAGAAAUUCAUAAAGCACUGUAUUCUUUGAAUUUGAAGGAUAUUGGUAAGAUUCAAUCUUUCGAGCUCUCUCCGGGUAAAAAUCCUUCUCUGGCCGUAUUUAUUCCCGGAAGUAGAGGUAAUCCUGCGUUCAUUAGAGUGUAUUCUUUGCCUAACUUGAACACUCCAAUCUCUCAAAAGCAGUUCUUUAAGGGAGAAACUUGCCUGUUCCAGUGGAACGGUCUGGGUACGUCAAUCUUGGCGCUGGUUUCCACAGAUGUUGACUCUACUAAUAAGUCAUACUAUGGGGAAUCUCAGCUCUAUCUUUUUGGCAUUACGGGUGCAUUUGACCAGAAGAUCAAUUUGGAUAAGGAAGGUCCUAUCCAUGACAUUACGUGGUCUCCAACCUCUCGGGAGUUUGCUGUUAUUUAUGGCUACAUGCCUUCUAUCACGACAUUUUUUGAUGCCAGAGGCAACGAGAUUCAUACGCUGACUGAAGGUCCAAGAAAUACCAUAUUAUAUUCUCCUCAUGCCAAAUAUAUAUUGGUUGGAGGUUUUGGAAACUUGCAAGGUAAUGUGGAGAUCUUGGAUAGACAGAAUCGGUUUCAGAAGGUGGCUAGCUUUAAAGCCUCCAAUACUUCUGUGUGUAAAUGGUCUCCAGAUGGACGGUUUAUCAUGUCUGCCACUACUUCUCCAAGAUUGAGAGUCGAUAAUUGUGUGAAAAUCUGGUAUUUCAACGGUACUUUAUGCUACAUUAAGGAAUUCAAUGAACUUUAUGGCGUUGAUUGGAAAUUCCAGCCGUUGUCGGACUUCUCACCGAUCAGUACUUCGACUGCAGACAAGUGUGAAAUUACACCGGAUAUCUCUGCCAUCGAGUAUAUGGCCAAGAAGACAAGCAUUUCUGGGGGAAAUCGUGCUGGUUCUACUGGAGGUGCCUACCGACCACCUCACGCUAGAAACGGAGGUGCUGCCAAGCCUUCGAGAUCAUUGGCUGAAGUGGAGGCCCAACAUUCUUCAUCGAUGUUGAUUAGUUCCAGUUCUUCGAAUAACAGUUCUACGGAGAGUUUUGCAUCUUCAUAUGCGAAUAGAAGAAUACCGGGAGCUUUACCAAGAAGGGUGAUUCCAGGAGCGAUUCCAUUAGAUAAGAAUGCGAAGAAGAAGAAGAGACACCAUAAAAAGGAUGAUACGGAAGAUGAGAUAAACUCUAGUAGCCAACAAGAAGCAACAACUGCUGUCGAAAAUGGUGGUUCGAUGGUGGUUGGAGGAGUGUUCUCAUUCGAAGAGAAGAAGAUACGAAACUUGUUGAAGAAACUCAGAUCAAUUGAGAAAUUGAAGGUUAAACAAGGCAAUGGAGAUUUCCUAGAGAAAACACAGGUUCUCAAGAUUGAAACAGAACCUCAAGUUAGGAAAGAGUUAGAGAGUUUGGGAUGGACGGAAGGAAGAUAA